AUGGCAGAGAACGAGUUAGCAAAGAAGCUCCAGCGGCGUCUAGUGCUGGAAGACGCAGAGCCCCGGGAGGAGCCCGGAGAAGUCCCGGAAACUGGGGAGGACAAGCCGGCCACCGCCAGUGCCGACUCCGAGCUGAGUGCCAAGCUGAACCGGAGGAAUGACAUCAAUGCUGGCAACCCGGUGCCAGCUAACCGGACCCACAUCUUCAGCCCGUACACCGAGUUCCAGGAGUUCUCCCGAAAGCAGAUCAAGGACAUGGAGGUCAUGUUCAAACAGUAUGAUACAGGACAUGAUAACUUCAUAGAUUUAAUGGAGCUGAAGCUGAUGAUGGAGAAGCUGGGAGCGCCACAGACACAUCUAGGGUUAAAGAACAUGAUCAAGGAAGUAGAUGAAGACCUUGACUGUAAACUAAACUUCCGAGAGUUUCUGCUAAUUUUCCGCAAAGCUGCAGCUGGGGAGCUGGAAGAAGAUAGUGGGCUAAUGUCACUAGCUAAACUCUCUGAAAUUGAUGUAUCCACAGAAGGUGUCAUGGGUGCCAAGAACUUUUUUGAGGCCAAGGUUCAGGCCCUGAAUUCAGCAAGCAAAUUUGAAAAUGAGAUUCGGGCAGAGCAGGAUGAGAGGAAGCGACUGGAGGAAGAAAAGAAAAACCGCAGAGCUGCCUUCAAAGAGCUGAAGUCUGCAUUUAAUUAG